AUCACUGCUAUUUUAUGGCUGAGAAUGUUGUAGCGAUCUACGGUGAAAUCUAGCGGGACCUCGAGAGCUAGAAAAGGGUUCUCCAAACCCACCGCGCUUGCGGAUCCUUCGACAGGAUUUUCAUUUUUUCUCUCGCGAUCAGAGUAGUGUAUAAAUAUCACCAAGGAAUGUCAAUUAACUAAGAGAAAUUAGAUUAUUGCCGUAUUUUUAUCACCGUGCGGAACGUAAAUCUCGUUGGAGCUGACAUUUCGAGACUCGCACAAGAAUCGACGCACGAAGAGCAUGAGCGCACCGUGUAUUCGUUGUAAUUUCUAUGGUAUGUUGAUGUUUUGUGGAAUUACCGCGUGUACACGAUAUAGAAAUAAACAUUUCUCGUACGUAACGGAACAGCCGUAUAGUUCUCCACCAAAUCGCCGUAUACAAUUAAGAGUUACGAAGAAGAGAUGUUCUCCCGAUCAUGCCGAAGAGUAAAAGAGAAUCAGACGAAUGCAAGCCGUUGACUCUUACCGAUCAAGAUGCGGGUUCUACGAACGUUCGGUCUUCUCGUGGUUCUCUGGCAGCAUCGAUCCAGUGCCUUCGUUAUCCAGGAUUCGGAAGUGAACGUUGUGACGCGAGGAUGCAAGAGUCUGGAAAGCACGGCGCCGUUGCUGCGUCUGAAGAAGGACCUUUUCUGCGACUACGACACCGGCGUCCGGCCGGAUCACUAUAAAACAGUCACGAACGUCACUGUGAAGCUGAUGCCGAAGCUGAUGGAAUUCAAUGGACACGAUGGUACACUCGCACUUCACAGCUGGAUGGCGAUUUACUGGACAGACCUGCAUCUUACUUGGGUGCCGAGCGACUAUAACGGAGUCAAUUUCAUCCACGUGAAGACCUACGAGAUCUGGGUGCCCGAUAUAUCGGUCUAUAAUUCUGGCGACAUGUCGCACGAUCAAAACGAGCUGCCCAUAACGGAGUGCGUGGUCUUCAGUUCGGGCACGGUCACUUGCGUGCCGGCGGUGAAAUACAUCUCCAAAUGUAAUCCGGAUUUUACUUACUGGCCCUACGACAAGCACAAGUGCCGCAUCACACUCGGCUCAUGGUCGUACACGGGUGAGGAGAUCGACUUCCACCUGGUCGGCAACGGGAUUCACUUGAACGGCUACGAGAACAAUUCGGUGUGGGACUUGAAGUUCAUAGACGCGGUGAAGCAUGUGAAGAAGUACAAAUGCUGUCCGAACGACACAUUCCCGAAGAUCGUCUACACGUUUGCGUUGAGUCGGCACUACAGCAUCAGUCAUACGUCUUACGUCACGCCGGCUGUCGCUUUGAUGCUGCUCACCCUCACGGUGUUCUGGUUGGAUUCAAGAUCGGUGGAACGAAUGGGAGUAGCGAGCGUGAACUUCAUUUGCCAUUUACUCUGCAUAUUCGAUUUGCACUGGCAGCUGCCGUACAACGGCGUUAACCCGCCUAAUAUAAUGCUUUUUUACCGCGAAUCUUUGGCAUUAGCCACCUUCGCGUUGAUUCUGACGGCUUUAUUGCGCAAACUGCAAGACAUGAGUAUGGAGGCACCGACUUGGAUCUCGUCCACGACGAUGUUCGUCUUGAGCAACAGAGCCGGCCGUUUUUUGCUCCAGAACGACGAGGAAUCCAAGACAGCUGGCGAAGGCACAGGGGUUGAGGAGAACUCGGACGUACCGAGGUCCGGGCUGCGGACGAAAGAGUCGUCCUGGCGACAUCUCGCCGCUAUCGUCGAGUGGUUGUCGUUCUUCUGUGUCAUCCUCACGUACAUCAUCAUCCUGAUCACGCUUAUGCCCACGCAUUAAUCUAUCAACGCUCGACGGUGUUCAAGAAUACCCUUGAAAAAUUUACACUCGGUUUGUUUCUCCUCGCCGUGUAAAAUAAAUGUCAUUUUUAAUCCCA